AUGGAGUCUGGACACGACGACAACGAGGAUGACGGGUAUCAUGGCCAUCAUGAGCAUGUUCUCCACAGUCCGAACAGUUCCGAGUCAUCACCAGAGGUGGAGGAGGCCUUGAUCCGACAGAUGCAAUUUGUCAGAGGCUCUUUAACGACGAAGAUGGUGGCUUCCCAGCUGACGCUCCAGUCCCUCGUGAGCAUCAAGCUUGAGGACUUGGCAGAGACAGACCGAACUAACGUGUUCCAGGUUGUGUAA